AGUGAAAUAUAAUGUAUAACUGGUACCUCCCAGGAGCGCAAUGACAUAGGUAUAACCACCUAACGCAGCUCGCAGCAACUUUCACUAAGCUCGAACAGCUGUGCUUUGAGUACGUGUAGGUGACUUUGAAAAAGAUAAACUUUGUUCUCACUCUCGCAUCCUAGUAAUGGUCGGAAAAUUCUUCACUAUAUACCGUGCGAACAGAAUUUGUGGAUCAAGUAUAAAUAAGAGGUUCCCGUUCUGAAAAUGUAUCACAAUCAGUUCAGCAUCGUGACCAACUCCACAUUCGGAUUACAAAAUGGCAUUCAAAUUUGCAGUUUUCGCCGCCAUCGUGGCCGUUGCCAACGCCGUCGCCAUCGGAUACCCAGCUGCUCACGUCGGAUACGGAGCUGCCUACCCGGCCAUUGCCAAGGUUGCCGCCCCAGUUUUGGCCAAGGCCGUCGAUGACUACGACCCCAACCCACAGUACAGCUACAGCUACCACAUUGCCGAUGCCCUGACCGGAGACAACAAGGAACAGCAGGAGUCCCGCUCCGGAGAUGUUGUGACCGGAUCUUACUCCCUGGUUGAGCCCGAUGGCACCCGUCGCGUCGUUGAGUACACCGCUGAUCCCGUCAACGGAUUCAACGCCGUUGUCCACCGUCAGCCACUCGGCGCUAAGGUUGUUGCCCCAGUUGCCAAGAUCGCCGCCCCUCUGGCCUACCCAGCCGUCGCCAAGGUCGGAUACCCAGGUGCCUACCCAGCUGCCUACCCCGCUGCCCAUCUGGGAUACCCAGCCCUCGGUUAAACAACCCAACCUCUAAUCGACCCCUGGAAAAUUCUCAGUUCUUCUCUAAAAACUUCUCAGCAAAGUCAUUAGUCUAUACUUUAUUUAUUUAUUCUACUUCUCUACGCUAUUCUACAACUUAUUUUUUCCUGCAUUUUGCAAAAAAAAACUUUCCUAUUACUUCUCCAACAGAGCAACGAAUGUGAGUCCUCUAGUUAUUCCAAGCUCA